AUGAAGUUUCUCACUAUCAUCCUCGCCGCCGUCAUGGGCUUCAUGGCUCUUUUCGGUGGUGCUUCUGCUGCUCUCAAUAAGCGCGAGACUGAGGAAUUCAAUGCCCUCGCUGCGAAGUUGGCUGCUCACGGUGUCCCUGACGAUGUCAUCGAAUCGAUGUUUGGCAUGUUGGCUAAGCGCGCUCUUGACACCACUACCACUGUCUGCCCCUCCAGCGUUCCCGGCGUUCCUACUGGUACCGAGACUCCUGUAGCUACCGCCUCUAGUGCUCCCGGUCAGCCAGUCUCGUCUCCAUCCGAUACCGCUACUCCUAACGCCGGCGUUACUCCUACCGUCACUCCUACCGAGACCCCCGGUACUGGUUCGACUCCUCCUGCUGUCCCUGGCACCGAGUCUGCCCCUCCUGCUGGUCCGCCUGCUGCUACUCCUAGCCCGGCUCCUCCUGCUAGCAACGGUCCUCCUUCUGGUCUGGGUAAUAACUCUACUACCAUCACCACCAGUACACCCACUAGCACUGCUAGCGUUCCAACUUCUACUGAGACCGCUACCACUCCUCCUGCGGUCGGUGGUGCUAGUGUUCUGAAAAUGAACCUCGCUGCUAUCGGUGUCGCUGCUCUUGCAGCCUUCUACUGA